AUGGAAGAAGGAAACUAUGAGUUUCCAUAUGUUAUUGAGGAAGCUAAUUCUCAAUCUAUUCAAUCAAAAAUGAAACCCGUAACUGUUGGACCCAAACGGUACCGUUUUCCCGGUGCAUACAGCAUCUUGGGGCCACAAUUUUACAACUUUGAAAUUCGUCCUAACGACAUAUUCCUGGUCGGCUUACCUCGGUCAGGUACAACUUGGUCACAAGAGACUAUAUGGCUGUUGAACAAUAAUUUAGACUACGAAAAAGCCAAAGCCAACAUCAUUUCCGAUAGAUUUCCUCUACUUGAUUUGCAAUUACUAACCUCCCAAAUUUUUGAAUCUUCGUCUGCAUCGACAGUCAAGGGUUUUGAAUCCCCAUUGAAAUGGCUACCAGAUGCUCCAUCGCCUAGAUUUAUUAAGAGCCAUUUACCACUGUCGCUCUUACCACCGAAGCUACUUGACACCACGAAGGUUGUAUACGUGGCCCGAGAUCCUAGGGAUAUGGCCGUAUCGUUUUAUAAAUUCCUAAAACUAAUGUUUUUGAAGGAUAAUAUAGAUUUCAAAACAUUCUGGGAUUUAUUUAGCCAGGAAAAAAUAUGUUGGACUCCAAAUUUUGACCACAUUAAGGAAGCUUGGGCACUGAGAGAUCAUCCGAACCUCUUAUUUGUCACUUACGAAGAAAUGUCGGCGGACCUGCCAUCGACUCUUCAUUGUUUGGCCACUUUCUUUGGAAAGCAACUUAACGACGAUCAAAUGCGGGAGCUACAUGAGCAUCUCAGGUUUGAGAAUUUCAAGAAGAACAAAGCUGUCAAUCGGGAGUCUACUUAUAAAGCGAUCGGUUUUAUAGACGAUGGAGAACAUUCGUUUGUCAGGAGAGGCAAGGCUGGAGGAUGGCAGGAUUACUUCGAUGAGGACUUGAUAGCUCAUGCUAAAAAGUGGAUGGCUGAAAACUUAGCUGGGAGUGACUUACCUUUCAGUAUAUAA